AUGCCGGAUUGCUUCGAAUUUAAAGAGGACGAUAUCAGCCUAACACCGGUUUGGGCCACCCUCCCAUCACUCCCGCUUGAGUGCUGGCACCCUAAUGCUCUCGGGAAGAUUAGUUCUAGAAUUGGCAGUCCCAUUGCCAUGGAUUCCCUUACGAUGAAAAUGGAAAGGGUAUCGUAUGCCAGAAUACUGGUAGAGAUUAAUGCUUCCAAAAAACUCAUCGAUCAAGUGGAGUUUGUUAUGCCAAACGACAUAACCCGGAAACAACCGGUCGUGUAUGAGUUCACUCCCAAGUUUUGCACUGACUACCACAAAUUAGGCCACUUGCAGGAGACAUGCCAAGGCGCGCAUCUACAGGUCGUGGCUGCUGCACCUGCCAAGCAGGCAGAAGCAAAGAAACCACAGACCACUGAAUGGACUAUCGUCCAAAGGAGGAACAAGGGCAAAGCUAUAGAUACAGCAGCCAAACCGGCAGUGGAGGGACACCAACCAAUAUCACCAACGGCCAGCAAGGUGGAUAAGGGACGAAUGAGCACGAAAGUACCGCAUUCGCUCAAACUUCAAGAUAGGGAGGUUCCCUUACCGACUGACUCAGAUAGCUCAUCAACUGAUUCCCCGAUGAUCACUCAACACGCAAUGUUGGGGAUCAAGACCAAUGAGACUGCAAUGACGUUCAGUAAACCGACGAAGCAGGCAGGAGAAGAGUCUCCCCCUCGAUCAUUUCUGGGAUGGUGCCAAGCCAACAACUUUGACACCAUUGCCGGUGGACACAUCCUUGUGGUUUGGAACCCGACAAUUAUCGACCUUCAACCGGAGGAUAUCUCGCCGCAAGUGAUCCACUGCCGUGCCACGAAUAAGUCUUCUCAACUCUCCUUCUAUAUCUCGUUUACUUAUGGCCUAUAUUCUGUUGUCAAUAGAAGGAGUAUGUGGGAGAAGCUUACAGAAUUGGGACAGACGAUAAGCAUGCCAUGGCUCAUUAUGGACGAUUUCAAUUGUGUGAAAUCUCCUGAGGAGAAGCAGCUUGGAGUGGCCCCAACUUGGUAUGAACUCAAGGAUUUCGUGGAUUGCUGUGCAGCACUUGGACUGCAUGACGUCCCCACAACGGGUUGCUAUUACACAUGGUAUUCCAACAACGAAAGCAACCCUGUGUGGUACAAACUUGACCGGGUCCUUUACAACAAUGAAUGGCUCGAGGCCGGUUUACAUUGCGGUGCCCACUUACCCAUCGGGAUGCCUAUCACACCACUCCCGGGUAUUGUCACUAUAUUCGAUUGUACACCCACUAAGCCAAAACCAUUCCGCUUUUUCAAUAUGUGGGCAGACCAUCCGGACUUCUUGACUACUGUUGAACAACGAUGGAACUUCAAUGUGGAGGGAACGCCACAAUUCAGAGACUGA